UAAACAAAUUCGGCAAAUGUCAAAGAAAUAACAAAAAAAAGUCAGCAAAACGAGCUUGGAUUUUCACGAUUUCCAUUAAUUUAGCGUAAUUUUUCUGCAAUUUCUCGCAAGAAAAUGUCUGAUGAAGAAGUAAUCAAACGCCGCCUGCAAAUCGACGGAGAUGGAACCGGCGACGACAGACGGUUAAACGACUUGCUGAAAACGUUUAUUAAGUGGUGCAAUUCAAACGAUGCACCAGAAAACAAUCAAGCGAUGUACGAUCGACUGCUCGCACAGCUGGCACAGUGUGAGUUCGACAGAAAAAAGUCGGAUUUCUAUGCAAAGGUGAUGGAGCAGGAACUGAAGAAUUACGCGGCCAUCUCCGAUGCUAUCGAAUCGGGUAUUGAAACGGCCAAAACGCAGAUCGACCAGAGUAAACACAAUCUGGUGCUGGCCAAGAAGAUACGAAAAAACCGCAUGCAGUACGAUGUGCUGGCCAAGAUCAUUAACCAGCAGCCGGAUCGUAAAGAAACCGUCAAGCAGUUGGAAUUGUUGAAGGAGGAAUUGGACAUGCUAAAAGAACAGAAGGCCGAUCUGGAGAGACAGCUGGGACAGAAAAAGAAGGACUUUAACGUGCUGAUGCGCUCGAUAGUGGAGCUGCAGGACAAGCUGGAUCCGACGAUGUCAGUGGUGCCAACUGGUACAUCCAGUGCCACCGAGGAAAAGCCGAUCGAAGCUGCCGAGGUUUCAAACGAAACUGUCGAUGAAAAGAUGUCAUGCGAUGAACCCGUAGUUAUCGAGGAGGAAGAUGAUGCGGCAAGCUCAGACAAUGAUGAAGUGAUACUGUCCUCACCAGAGAAACUGAAUUAGGAAUAUUAAAGUAAUUUGCGGUGGUUCGCACAGAAAAUGUAUAAGUGUAAUUAUUAAUAAAUUGCUUUUUUU